GAAGAACUAUCUGCAUUCGUGUAAAAGUAAUCAAUGGAUUAUUCAUCCACGAUAACCAUCACGAGAGAAGAGUUGAAUGCUUUUCACUUGUAUGACAGAGCACUUUUCUCUCGUCUUGUCAUAACUCUAAGACGAGACAUUGGCCAGUCUUAUCAAGUUAUGACCUUUCUCCUCUAUCUCGAGACGAUUGCUCCUCACCUGAGAAACUUGAUAGCGGAUUUUGCCUCUUUAACGGACGUUUUCGUCAACAUGGUCGCUGACCAAGUCGUGACGUGCAUCAAGUGCUUGUCCUACGACGAUUUUCCAGCAUUUGUGACCCACUUGAGGAGAAGCAUCCUCUCCCCAGAGAUACCUUAUAUCACGGAUGUCACAAGAGGGUACCUAACUCUCAUAGUCAUCCACAACAACCGUGAAAACAUUCUCUUUGAGAUGAAGAAGCAUAUGACGCGUGUAUGCGUCCGAGCUUUUGAGGAUAUAUGCGUGCGUGCUGAGAUGUACAACAAGGAGAUUGAAGAGAGGGAAAAUGCGAUAGCGGAGAUGAGCCAGCUGGGAAUUAGCAGUGUUGUUCAAAAUGGUGAAUCAAGUACUAGCCAGUUCUCGAGUCGUCGAGUAAACGCAGAUAAUAGGACUAUCUUCCUCACAUUUUCUAAAGGAUACCCAAUUUCCAAAGCAGAAGUGUAUGCCUACUUCACCAGGAGAUUUGGGGAAAUUGUAGAAGCGAUACACAUGGGUGGAGCGGGAGAGAAUGAACAAACGCUGUAUGCAACGAUGCAGUUAAGUUCUGUCUCCAAAGUUCCAGAUAUUCUAACCGAAGACAGGACCCAAUACAUCAUCAAUGGAAAACAUGUUUGGGCUCGAAAAUUCAUUCCCAGUCACAAAUCCUCCUAGCUCCCAUCAUCUUUCUCCCCAUUCCUAUGGAAACUUUUUCUAGUUUCAUAUGUUUUUCUUGUUUUUUUUUAAUUUAUCUCAAGGAGUUGUGAAGGGCAUCACAUGCCCAUUUCUACAAAUUUGAGACUUAUUUUUAUUAUUGAGGGGGUGGGGACUUUCAUUGGUGAUUGACAUUUGGUUUUAUCUUUGAACUAUUUUGCAUGGACUCAAGUUGUUCACUUUUCAAACAUCUUAUGGGCACUCUUGUCCAAAAGAAAUAAGCUUUUGGGACCCCAAAAGGCUGUGUUGGUGUGAAAAAAAGAAACAAAAUUGAACACUCACGACUUCAUUUUUCACAUCCCGGAGUAUGUAUAAGGAUCUGACAUCGUUACCUGCCGGCCAUAGUAAUCCAGAGCUAUACUCUGGCCAAGAACACUGCCGAUGGUUCUGAUGCCAUCAAUGUUCAGGGACUGCAACAUGAUGUAGUCCAGUCCUCCUUGCAUCCAGGUGUUCAGAUCUGGAUUCUCUCUUACUUCAUAUUCUGCAGUUUUAAAGAAACCAAAGAUAUCAAAGUUACAACACAACACCACUAAUAAGUUUUUAGCAGCUCAUCCAAAAAAAGAGUGGAACUCACCAUCUUUUCUCAUCUCAGACAACAAACCAGAAGAAUGCCUCUCCACGACUUUAAGAUACUCAUCAAUGAAGCACCAUUGCCUCAUCUUCCUAUUAAAAUGCCUGUUGCAACUUAUCAUGUCUCGUCUUCGAGUACUGGAACGUCGGUGAGCUCUGGUGGUGCCACUGCAACGUUUUCAAGUUCUCAAGUUGGUCGUUGAGGAGAUAUAUGUCGUGUGUGUGUUGUAUUUUAGUUAUUUUUCGUCUGUGUAACCGAUAAUACUUGUUUCUGUUACUCUUUGCUUCUGAAAGAAGUUUCUACAAUUGA